AUGUGGCCCCCGCCGAAUUUUCUUCUGGUUCCCAGCGGCUUCCUCGGCUUCCGCCUGCUCGCGGGCCUCGCACGACCACCGUUGCUGCUGCUCGACGAGGAGAGCGGAGACAUCAACGACGGUGGCAUCUCGAGCGUCAACUGGGUGACGGUCGACGCCAGCGGCCCGGACGUGGAGCCGACCGAGGAGGAGGGCACCAGCGUGAUGCCGCUCUUCCCGCUCGGCGCCGCCUACCUGCCGCACACCACGCCCGUCCUCAACAUCUUCGAGCCGCGCUACCGCGCGAUGUAUAACGACAUCCUCUUCAACGGCGCGCGCCGCUUCAUGGUGACGAACGUGGAGCCGGAGACGGGCGCGCUCGCAGAGGUGGGCGUCGUCUUCUACCUCGACGAGCUCAAGGAGGACCGAGUCAAGUACAUCGGCCAGCACCGCGUCAUCAACCGCUCGCUCUCCUUUGCACGCGGCACGUCGCCGUCCGACCGGGGCUUGUGGGGCACCAUCGGGCUGUGGCAGCAGUUCCUCGAGCAGAGGACGCAGGUGCUCGGCCAAAAGAUGCAGCGCGAGAUCCAGAGCGGCGUCGCGAGCUACCUAAGCGACAACUCGCUGCGCGAGGACCUCGACUUGCCUCCGGAGCUGAUCGCCGAGAUCGAGGCGAUCCAGCGGCGGUACCGAGGCGAGGUGGACGCGCUCGACGGCGAGCCGGGCUCGCUCCGCUUCCAGGCGCCGAGCAGGCGUUGGCUCGCCACGCGCAAGUCGCUGCAGUCGCUCUUUAGCUCCGGCGACGCGAAGGGCGAGGGGGAGGGCGGCGCGCCCGACGAUAAGAGCUGA